AUAAUUCUAUUUCCAUAGAAGUGUGUGAAAGAUGUGCCUGCGUUUUGCGAAGGGAGUAGGGGCAGGGAAGUGGUAAGUGGAAGUGGGAGCCGCGGCCUUCAACAGUUUCUCUUUUUCGGUUACUGUUUCUCUUCGCUGUUCGCUUCGCGCCGUUCUCCGAUCACUGUUUCUCUUCUUCCAGCCCAGGAAAUAUUGCCAGAAACUUCCCACUCGCAGCUCGCAACUCGCAACUCGUAACCACUCCAUGAUCUCAACUCCCUGACCGCCACUGUUAUAGCUUCCUGCAAUUCUUCUUUCCUCUUCGCACCGUGAAGAAGCUCACUCCAUUCGCUUCCUAGGGUUACUAUGAGAAUUGCCAGUUCCUGCAGCUAUGGGAAAUAGGAAGACUUGUUUGAAGGAAGUGUUUUUCACUUGGGAAGUGGUUAUGGACAUGUUUUCACUUCCCUGUGGAAGUAUGCCGAGGUCAUCUGCAAUAUUAUGGGUUUUGGUUUUUUUCUUAUUACUAAAUAAUGGAGGAGCUUCGUCGGCUUCCAAUUACUUGAUUGGCCUAGGAAGCUACGACAUAACUGGGCCUGCUGCUGAUGUUAAUAUGAUGGGAUAUGCAAACAUGGAACAGAUUGCAUCUGGAAUUCACUUCAGGUUGCGAGCUCGUGCUUUUAUUGUUGCUGAACCUCAGGGUAACCGUGUUGCAUUUGUAAAUCUUGAUGCCUGCAUGGCAUCCCAGCUUGUGACAAUUAAAGUUCUUGAAAGAUUAAAAACAAGGUAUGGGAAUCUAUAUAGUGAACAAAAUGUGGCUAUUAGCGGUAUUCAUACCCAUGCUGGGCCUGGGGGCUAUCUCCAGUAUAUUGUAUAUAUUGUAACCUCUCUUGGGUUUGUGCGCCAGUCAUUUGAUGUCAUUGUUGAUGGAAUUGUGAAAAGCAUUAUACAUGCCCAUGAAAAUCUUCGGCCAGGAACUGUUUUUGUUAGUGAAGGAGAACUGUUAGAUGCUGGUGUUAACCGUAGUCCUAGUGCUUAUCUCAACAAUUCCUCAGCAGAACGGAGUAAAUAUAAGUAUAAUGUUGAUAAAGAAAUGACCCUGAUGAAAUUUGUAGAUGAUGAAUGGGGCCCGGUUGGUAGCUUUAACUGGUUUGCAACUCAUGGCACCUCCAUGGGUCGGACAAACUCUUUGAUAAGUGGUGACAACAAAGGAGCUGCAGCAAGAUUUAUGGAGGAUUGGUUUGAACAAAAUAUUCAUUCUGAAGAUUUUGAAGGAUUCCAUUCUAAUAAAUCUGCUGCUUACAAAAUUCCUCGCAGAGUCUCAAGCAUGAUAUCUAAUCUUCAUGACAACCGUAAAGAUUAUAUGGAACUUGCCACUUCUUUCCACUCUUCUCAAGGAAGACCAGCAACAAGAGUUUUGAAUGCUGCAAAGCGGGUUAGGAAUGCCCUUAGAAGGCCAGAUAGGCCUCAAUUUGUGUCUGCGUUCUGUCAAUCAAAUUGCGGUGAUGUAAGUCCAAAUGUUCUUGGUGCAUUCUGCAUAGACACUGGACUGCCUUGUGAUUUCAAUCACAGCACUUGCAAUGCAAAGAAUGAGUUGUGCUAUGGUCGGGGCCCAGGUUACCCAGAUGAGUUUGAGAGCACACGUAUAAUUGGAGAUAGGCAAUUCAGAAAAGCUGUGGAGUUGUUCAAUGAAGCAUCUGUGCAAUUGAAUGGGAAGGUUGACUACCGGCACACAUAUGUAGACUUUUCAAAGCUUGAGGUGACACUUUUGAAGCAUAGAAAGGAGAAUAAGGUCGUGAAAACAUGCCCAGCUGCCAUGGGUUUUGCUUUUGCUGCAGGAACCACUGAUGGGCCUGGAGCAUUUGAUUUCACACAAGGAGAUGACAAGGGGAAUGCUUUCUGGAGGUUGGUACGGAACCUAUUGAAAACUCCACAGAAGGAGCAGAUAUAUUGUCAGCAUCCCAAGCCUAUCCUGCUUGAUACUGGUGAAAUGAAGAAACCAUACAACUGGGCGCCAUCAAUACUACCAGUUCAAAUUUUGCGAAUAGGACAACUGGUCAUUCUCAGCGUACCUGGAGAAUUCACGACGAUGGCUGGUAGGCGACUCCGUGAUGCUGUCAAGGCAGUGCUGAUAUCUAAAGCCAGUAAGGAAUUUGGUACCAAUGUCCAUAUUGUUAUUGCAGGGUUGACAAAUACUUAUUCACAGUAUGUAACAACCUUUGAGGAAUACCAAGUGCAGCGAUAUGAGGGAGCCUCCACCCUUUAUGGUCCACACACCCUCAGUGCUUACAUUCAGGAGUUCAAGAAACUAGCAAGGGCUCUAGUUAGUGGGCAACCUGUUGAACCAGGCCCCCAACCCCCAGAUCUCCUGGAUAAACAAAUCAGUUUGCUAACUCCAGUUGUCCUGGACAUGACCCCUCUUGGUGUCAGUUUUGGGGAUGUUAAAACUGAUGUUCCUCCAAAUUCUACUUUCAAGACGGGUGAAACGGUUACUGUGACGUUCUGGUCUGCUUGCCCGAGGAACGACCUAAUGACUGAAGGCACAUAUGCACUGGUUGAGAUUCUUCAGGACGAGGAGAGCUGGGUCCCAGCCUACGAUGAUGAUGACUUCUGCUUGCGUUUUACGUGGUCAAGGCCUUCAAAACUUAGCCCCAUGAGCUGGGCAACCAUUGAAUGGAGUAUCCCAGAACAGACAAUUUUGGGUGUGUACAGGAUAAGCCAUUUUGGUGCUGCAAAGGGGCUUUUUGGGUCCAUCCGCCACUUCACAGGUUCAUCGAGUGCUUUUGUAGUGGCAUAGAAUCAUCACAGUCCUGUAAAGGAAUUAUAUGUAUGUUAUCUACAAUGUGCCCCUAAGCUUCCAUGUAUUCUGCAAAAGUAUUGUUCAGACAACUAAAAUGACAUUGCUUGCUUGUUUCUGAA